AUGGCCCCCAAGGUUGUUUCAGGCAAGGCAGCGAAGAAGGCCUCGAAGGCCAAAGUACCGAAGGUUGACAAGAAGAAGAAGCGCAGGAGGAAGGAGAGCUACGCUAUCUACAUAUACAAGGUUUUGCGUCAGGUCCAUCCCGACACCGGUAUCUCCUCGAAAGCGAUGUCCAUCAUGAACUCGUUCGUCAAUGACAUCUUUGAACGCAUUGCCUCCGAGUCGAGUCGUCUUGCUCACUACAAUAAGCGCUCGACCAUCACUAGCAGAGAAGUCCAAACUGCAGUUCGUCUUCUGUUGCCUGGUGAGUUGGCCAAGCAUGCCGUCUCCGAGGGUACCAAGGCGGUGACCAAAUACACUAGCACGAAAUAG